AUGCAACUCAAAGUCACUCUUCUCGGCCUCGCCUGCCUCGGCCUGAAUAUGCUCACUGUUCAGGCUGCCACGGUCCCCGCUGAGGGCCUGGCUCGUCGCACCGUCCAGAACUCUGCCGGCAACGCCAAUACAGUCGCCCGCUCUGAGCUUGACAAGCGCCACGAGUACAGUGUUGACGCUGAUGAGGUCCUGGUCGACAAGCGCCACAAGUACAGUGUUGACGCUGAUGAGGUCCUGGUCGACAAGCGCCACAAGUACAGUGUUGACGCUGAUGAGGUCGAUGCUAAGAACUAA